AUGGCUACCCCGACGCUCGACGACAAGCUCGACAAGAUCCGCUCGCCGGGUCUGCAGAGCCAGCAGAGGAGAGUCGUCGUCCUCCAAGCCGUCGAUGCGACCCUCAAGGAACAGAACACCCCCCCAUCACCCACAGGCUACUUCGCCGCCCUGCUGGGGCUCCUCAGCCAGUCCAUCGAGAGCGGCAGCAUCAGCUCGGAGACGACCUCGUCCGUCGUCUACCUCCUCGACGUCGUCACCCCCUACGCACCGCAGCCUCUGCUGCGCGCCAAGUUCACCCAGAUCCUCACCCUGCUCGCCCCCAUCCUGCUGCUCCAGGAUGCCGAGGCCAUGCUGCUGCGCGCCUCCAUCGGCUGCCUCGAGUCGCUGCUGCUGGCCCAGGACCUCCCUGCCUGGGAUCUCGGCGUCACCCAGAUCGGCCCCCGCCGUGCCGUCGCCGGCCUGCUGAACCUCGCCCAAGACGCCAAGCCCAAGAUCCGCAAGCGCGCCCAGGACGCCCUCAAAAAGGUCCUCACCAACCCGCCGCCGAGCCCCUCCCUCGACCACCCGGCCGCCGACAUGUGCGCCCACACGGCCCUCGCCACCCUCGAGGACCUCGCCGCCAAGGCCGCCCAGGCCCGCAAGACCCAGAAGAAGGCCACCUCGGCCGAGUCCCAGCACGACCCGGCCCUGCUCCACGCCCUGCAGCUCGUCAAGACGAUCGCCUCGGCGAGCGGCGGCUGGCCCAGCAACAAGAUUGAGAGCCUCUGCGAGCUGCUCCUCGCCAUUGCCCGCACCGGCGGCGAAUACAUGACCGUCGCCACCUUUGACAUUUUUGAGAUGAUCUUUGCCGGCAUGGCCGCCGACGACGCCGCCGCCUCCUCCAAGCUGCCGCGCCUCAUCGAGAUCAUCUCCGAGCUGCGCCCGGCCGCCAACGACACCCAGCUCAUCCCCCCCUGGCUCGCCAUCCUGUCGCGCGGCUACGACGUCUCGGCCCAGCUCGAGCCCGAGGACACCUUCCAGAACCUGCCCGACCUGUUCACCAUGGUCCUCGCCUUCCUCGAGUCCCCCUCCCACAACAUCCGCAUCUCGCCUCCGAGUGCUCGUCUCCUUCUCGCAACUGCAAAGACGCUCGACAAGGUGGACAAGGCCGCCGAGACGCUGCUCAGCGUCAAGUACCAGGCCGCCUGGCCCGAGAGCUUCAACGUCUUCGGCGCCAUGUUCGACACGCUCCGCUGGCGCGCCGACCCGGCCAUGCUGACCAUCCUCCGCGCUGUCGGCGACCUCCGCAGCAACGACUCGUUCGGCGGCAAGAAGGAGGCCGACGACGUCAUCGGCCGCGCCAUCCGCGCCGUCGGCCCCGACGCCGUCCUCGCCGUCCUGCCCCUGAACCUCGCCACCCCCGCCAAGGGCCAGCCCGGCCGCGCCUGGAUGUUCCCCCUGCUGCGCGACUACGUCAGCAACACCAACCUCGCCCACUUCCGCGCCGAGAUGGUGCCCCUCAGCGAGCUCAUGUUCCAGCGCGUCCUCGACCACGGCGACGCCGCCAAGACGAUGGAGGUCAAGAUCUACGAGACGCUCGUCCAGCAGAUCUGGGCCACGCUGCCCGGCUACUGCGACCUGCCCCUCGACCUCGCCGCCGCCUUUGACCAGACCUUUGCCGAGCUGCUCGCCAACCUGCUGUACAAGCAGGUCGAGCUGCGCCUCGAGGUCUGCCGCGCCCUCAAGACCCUCAUCGAGUCCAACCAGGCCAUCGCCGAGCUCGAGGACGCCGCCGACGACAUGGUCCGCCAGAGCCGCGUGCCCCGCGAGACGGCCCGCGCCAACCUCGCCUACCUCGGCACCUACGCCGGCAACAUGCUCGCCGUGCUCUUCAACGUCUACACCCAGACCCUGCCCCAGAGCCGCGGCCCCAUCCUGCUGUCGAUCAACGCCUUCCUCAGCAUCACCCCCGCCGCCGAGCUCCGCGACACCUUUGACCGCGUCAGCGCCAUGCUCGCCGCCGAGCUGCAGAACAAGGCACCCGAGGUCGCCGCCGACAAGGGCGCCGCGCCGCCGCAGAAGAAGCAAGGCCAGGACCAGCCGCCCUCGACGACCAACACGCUCAUGGACCUCAUCAUCACCAUGUCCGUCUAUCUGCCGCGCGACAGCUUCGCCGCCCUCUUCGACAUGGCCUCGGUCACCAUUGUCCGCCAGGACCAGCCGCAGCUGCAGAAGAAGGCCUACAAGCUGAUCCCGCGCCUCGCCGAGUCCGAGACGGGGCCGCGCCGCCCUCGCCGAGCGCACGUCGGAGCUGCAGGCCAUGUUCAUCGCCAGCGCCGACAAGGUGUCGGCGCCGGCCCGUCGCGAGCGUCUCGCCGCGCUCUCGCGCUGCUGCCGUUCGUCCCCGACACGUCGCUGCACUUUAUCCCGUCGAUCCUCAGCGAGGUCGUCAUCUGCUGCAAGGAGAACAACGAGCGCGCGCGUGAGGCCGCCUACGGCCUCCUCGUCGGAAUGGGCGAGCGCAUGGCCGCCGCCGACGGCGCCGCCAUUGACAACGCCAAGGUGCCGCACAUGCCCCGCGACGCCCCCGCCGGCACCGCCAACAUUGAGGAGUACCUCACCAUGGUGUCGGCCGGUCUCGUCGGCAGCACACCGCACAUGAUCUCGGCCUCGGUCACGGCGCUGAGCCGCGUCCUGUACGAGUUCCGCCCGCUGCUCAACCAGCAGACGCUCGCCGAUCUCGUGGCGACCAUGGACCUCUUCCUGACGUCCAACAACCGCGAGAUUGUCAAGUCGGUGCUCGGCUUUGUCAAGAUUUGCGUCGUCGGCCUGCCGACCGACAUGAUGAUCCCGCGCCUGCAGACGCUGACGCCGAACCUCAUCAUCUGGUCGCACGAGCACAAGGGCCACUUCAAGAGCAGGGUCAAGCACAUUCUCGAGCGCAUGGUGCGCCGCUUCGGCUUUGACCUCGUCAACCGGUACUGCCCCGAGGACGACCGCAAGCUGCUGGCCAACAUUCGCAAGACCAAGGCGCGCAACAAGCGCAAGAAGGACGCGGCGCGCGAGGCCGCCGGCGACGACGCCGACAGCGACGACGAGCAGGCCGGCGGCAAGCACACACGCAAGUUCGACAACGAGUACGACGAGGCGCUGUACAGCAGCGACUCGGACGACGACGGCCCCUCGGACGACAACGACGACGACGACGGCGGCAGCAGCCGGUUCGCGCGUGGCGCCAACGCGCGCAAGGUCAAGGGACGGGGGCAGCGCCUACAUUGGUCGAGACGAGGACGAGUCUGCUCGACCUGCUCGACCGCAACGCGCUCGCAGCAUCUUCGUCGAUCAGCCGGGCUGGCGGCGCCAUGGACGUCGACAACCCUGACGCCUCGGGCGUGGGCGCCUACGUUGCGGCGCUCAAGGGCAAGGACGUCGCGCAGCGGGGACGCGGCGGAAAGCUCAAGUUUAGCAACAAGAACCCGCAAGGACCAGCACGACGACGACAUGGAUGAGGAUAUGGACGAGGGCACAGCGCACGCUGUCAAGGCGCACGUCGCGCGGGGCCGUGGCGGAUUCGGUCGCGGUGGUGGUGGUGGAGGCCGCGGUGGCGGUGGUGGAGGCCGCGGUGGCGGUGGAGGCCGUGGCUUUGGCGGUGGACGCGGACGCGGAGGUCCUGGUGGCCGCGGCGGUCGUGGUGGCAUUGCUUCCGGACGUCGCGGACUGGGCGAGGACAGGAGGCGAGGCGGCUUUGGUGGUGGUGGCGGCGGCGGCGGACCGCGUGGUGGUAUCCAAAAGUCGCCGCGCGGCCGGAGGUAG